GUGCGUCUUCUUCUGUCAUCGCGGAUGUACGGCGAGUGCUUUUGUUGUGAGUUGUCCCCCAGGCAGGCGGUGGUCUGAUGGUAACUGGUACCGUGCCCGUGCCGUGUAGUGUACGCAUUGAACUGCACUGCUGCUGCUGCUGAGAGGAGCAAACCAAGAGGCAGCGCAAAAUAUCACAUCACGCUAAGCGAGAAAGAUAUGUAUAGUGGGUACCUACCUAGGCCUAUAAGCUCGCGCGUUGUACACUCGAAAAAGAUCGAACGACAAAACAACACACGUCGGUCGAGUGGGAUUUUAGAUAGCUUUUAGAGCUGAGGUGUUGUGAAGGGAGGAGCAACCCCAGGAUGUGUUGGUGUAUUUGACGGAAUUGGCAAGUCGGAGUGUGCGGUAAGCAAGCGGUUUUGUACAGACGUCGAUGUGAAGUGAGUGAGCAGGCAGUAGCAUAGGCUACCAACGAAUGGUUUCGGAAGGAGGCUGGUAUGGUGGUGGGUUGUAGUCGGCGGAGAGUGAAUCGUCGAAUCGAAGCAACCAGAGCUAGCAGGCAGUGUUCGAUGUGUGACAUCAAGAGUGAGAGAACGGAGCCCAAAGUGAUAGGUUGUGUGUGCUUUAGCUGCUGCUGCUGUUGCGGCUAGUGGAAGAAAUAAUUCGAAAGAGAAAAAAAAAACGAGUGAAAAAAUACGAGCAAAGGAGUGGAAAAUUGAUAGUUUAAAGUUCUGGGCCUGUUUCGAAGUGUUUGCAGGUUGCUUCUAGUGGUCAGAACUUGUUCGUCAACCGGAAUUCGUUUCGGUAAGGGUUUGGUGCCUGAAGAAAAAAAAAUUGGGGCUAAAUUUUUACGUUCGAUUGGACCCGCGAUCAAACUCCGGACUGUAAAGCAGCCGUGUGGACGCCGACCGCACCAGUAACGAAACGGGAACAAGAGUGCAGCAUAUUGGAUCAGUGCCGGGGUAUCGAGCAGAAAUGUCUGAUAAAGUGUCCAUAUCGCCAUCCAAAAGUCGCAGGCAAUUACGCGAACGGAAACAACGCAAGCUGUACUCGGAGGAGUGGACCCUCGGCGACGAUGACUACGAGGGAGCGCGUGGUUUCAGCGUCGCCGAGAAGCUAGAAUCGGCUCGUUUUGCGCAGUCCGGCAUGGUGCGCGAGAUGAAAGGCAGCGAUCUCACCGUCGGCUUUCUCCAGCAGUACGGCUUCAACAUACCGCUGCUGUUCAAGGAGAAGACCGGCCUCGGGCUGCAGGUGCCAUCGGCCAACUUCACCAUCAACGAUGUGCGGAUGUGCGUCGGUUCGCGGCGCGUUCUGGACGUGAUGGACGUCAACACACAGAAGAACGUCGAGAUGACCAUGAAGGAGUGGGAACGAUACUACGAGGAUCCCAACAAGAAGAAGCUGCUGAACGUGAUCUCGCUGGAGUUUUCGCACACGAAGCUGGAGAACUACGUACAGAGUCCGAACAUCGUGCGGCAGGUCGACUGGGUCGACGUAGUGUGGCCAAAGCAGCUGAAGGAAUCGCAGGUCGAGUCGACCAACGUGCUGAACGAGAUGAUGUACCCGAAAGUGCAAAAGUAUUGUCUGAUGUCGGUGAAGAAUUGCUAUACGGAUUUCCAUGUGGACUUCGGUGGGACGUCAGUGUGGUAUCAUAUUCUGAAGGGGAGUAAAGUGUUUUGGUUGAUCCCGCCGACUGAGAAAAAUUUGCAGUUGUAUGAGAAGUGGGUGCUGUCCGGUAAGCAGUCGGACGUUUUUUUCGGUGAUGCAGUGGAAAAGUGUGCUAGAGUGUAUCUGACCGCGGGCAACACGUUUUUCAUUCCGACCGGGUGGAUUCACGCGGUGUAUACGCCCACGGAUUCGCUGGUGUUUGGUGGAAACUUCCUGCAUUCCUUUGGGAUCGUGAAGCAGCUUAAGAUCGCACAAGUCGAGGAUAAUACAAAGGUGCCGCAGAAAUUUCGUUAUCCGUUCUUCACCGAAAUGCUGUGGUACGUGUUGGCCAAGUACGUCUACACUUUGCUGGGUCAUUCUCAUCUGGAGGGUGAACCCGGACGGGAAGCUGAACAGAUCGGAAAACCGCACGUGCAUUUAACUCACUACGAGUUGUUUGGAUUGAAAGAGAUCGUAAUGUACCUGUACGAUCUGCCACCGCAGAAGAAAAAUGUACCAGAUUUAAUUAAGGAUCCCGUAGCACUGAUCAAGGAUGUUCGGACGCUGGUGGAGCGUCAUUGUAAGGACAAUCCGGAACAGGCAAUCACAGGAGUGCCGGUACUCCACCCAGAUCUCAACAAGAGCAAUAAUACGUACCUUCAAGAGCGGUACGAAUAUUACACCGGAGAAGGAGGAGCGAAAACGUCUCCUGAUCAUGCUAACGAAGAUGAUGGCGAACCGAUGCAUCAGAGUCAGCAGGAGAACGUACACGAUAUGGCCGCGGAGGACACGCAGCAACAAUCAGGGGAGCAUUUUGUGUCUCCACGGGAAAGUACCUCCGCGACGGCACAUCCAGCCGAGCAACAUCCAACCAGCAAUGGGACGGCAGUAAUGGCAGCACCUUCCAGUUUGCCACACGAUGACGAUCGAAACUUUGUGUCGCCGCAACCGACACGGCCCGGUGGUGCCGGAGGCAUACGUGGUCCCUACAAGAAAAGCAGUGGCAAUACCAGCGGUGGAGGUGGUCGAUCCGGUGCGGAGAAACGAGACGGAAAUGGACCCCGGCGGCGGCGGACAAGGUGCAAAAAUUGCGAGGCUUGCCAGCGGUCCGAUUGUGGUGAGUGCAGUUUCUGUCUGGACAUGGUGAAGUUUGGCGGCCCCGGGCGGGCCAAACAAACCUGUAUGAUGCGCCAGUGCCUGCAGCCGAUGCUUCCCGUUACGGCGCAGUGCAUUCACUGCCAUCUGGACGGAUGGAGACAGGCACCGAUUGCGGCGCCAGCACAAGCGAAACUUCAAGCACAAAUGCAGGAAGGACCCUCGUCGCUGAUGGAGUGUUCGGUCUGUUACGAAAUUUCCCACCCCGACUGUGCCCAACGGUUGGCUCCGGAGAUCGGGGGAAUCGUAAACGAGGACCUGCCGAACAGUUGGGAGUGUCCUAUCUGCUGCAAGUCGGGCAAAAAUACCGACUAUAGGCCCCGUCACUUUCGUGCCCGACAGAAAUCCUCCGAGAUACGACGGAUGUCGGUCAGUAGUGAUGCUUCGUCGGCGCACAAUGCUGACAUUGGUCGGAUAGGGGGAACGGUAAUUCAACAGGCGGUUAGCAGUAGUACCGUGACGGGUGGCGUUCACGGUACCGGAGAGAUGGCUGUCAGUACACCGGUGGCACCUCGCUUCCAGAAUGAUAUGCUGUACGAUUUUACUUCCACGGGUAAUGCCAUUAUUGUGGGCGGCAAUGGAGGCAAUAUUUUGCUGGAGAGAAAACCGAAGAUAAAGGAUGAGGAUUUAUCGAGUGGUUCCGAGCAAGAUCAGAACCAUCAAAAAAUGGGGAUGAUGAUGCCCUCUACGGGCAUGGGAAAUAUUCCGCUGAAUAUGGAAAUAAAGGAAGAACCUAUGGAAGCUGGUCACAGUAGCGGGGGACUGACGGCUUUGAAGUCGGGGGAGGGAAAUGCCAGCGGUCACCCGGCGAUGAGUGGAAUCAUGGUGCCGAAGCGAAGAAAAAGUGACGAUGGAAAUAGCAUGUGCAGUAGCAUGCAGGAUUCGGUGGAGAUUGGUGAGCACAAUCACAGUUUACCGAGAAAAAAGAGCUCGUUGCGAACCCAACUGGCCCACCAGAUACACAGUUCAUCGACGAAAGCGAUGAAGAAACCACUGUACCCGGUUCGACCGGCACAUGUGCAUCAACCGCUGCUGUCGCAGCCCGGAAAUUAUGCGCUGGAUCCGACCUGCUUGCUGGCAGUGUUUCGGUACCUGCCUCCGGAAACUCUGGUGACCUGUUCGUUGGUGUGCAAAACCUGGUCCAACAUUUCAGUGGACUCUUCACUCUGGAAGCGCAUGGAUUGUGCCGAAUACAAACUAACCGCUAGUCUACUGACGGCGAUCGUACGCCGUCAGCCGGAGCAUUUAAUCCUCAACUGGAUCGGUUUGGGAAAGCGACAGGUUACCUGGCUGAUUUCAAGGAUACCGGGCUUGAAGCAUUUAUCCCUUCAGGGGACGCCAAUUCAAGCGGUUCUCGGGCUGUACACCUGUCUGUGUCCGCCUUUGCAAAUUUUGGAUCUCAGUUUUGUGGCCGGUUUAAACGAUUCUGCAAUUCGCGAAAUCCUAGCGCCUCCGAAGGAUUCCCGGCCGGGUCUAGCCGAUUCCAAAUCCAGACUGCGCAAUCUAAAGGUAUUAAAGCUGGCCGGUACGGACAUUUCCGAUGUGGCGCUGCGCUACAUCACCCAGGGACUGCCGAGUCUCACCCAUCUGGAUCUGUCUUCGUGCCAGCGAAUCACGGAUGCUGCCAUUGCCCAGAUUGGAACGUCCCCGGCGGCGAUAAAAACGCUGAUCGAGCUGGACCUUAGCUGCUGCAAGCUCAUCACCGAGCUGUCGCUCGAUCAUUUGGCAAAGUGUGACGCACUUACCCGGCUGGAUCUGAGCCACGUGCCCCAGGUUACGACACAGGCAGUUAUCAAGUUUGCAUCUACUUCGAAAAAUGACCUGCAGCUGCACGGUAUCAAGCUGGUGGACAAGCGGAAACCGUCGCAGUAAAAACAAGGGAAACAAAAAAGGCACACUACGCUUCUUAAUCUGGCCAUGUCUAUUUAUUUCUAGUGGAAAUUGAGUGAAAACCGCUUGUUGCAUUUCAUUCAAAAAAGAUUGUCAACACUUAUUCACUGCAAUUACAAAUACGAUUAGGAAAAACAAAGCAUACAAGUUUACACUGUAUAAGGGCGCACUAACAACGGGAACUUAACAUUUGCAUGAACGAGAGCCAGGAGAGCCAGUGCGUGUCACACAUAUUUCGGUUAGAAUCUAAGAAUCCACACACACACAAACUGAAACCAAAGACUACAUUUUAAGUUCUGCUUAGGGUGAACAAUUAUGUUGUAAAAAAUAGUUUAUAGCAGUUAGGAGUUCAGUAGGACUUUUGUUUAAUUGUAAAAGAUUUCCAUUUUUUUCGUGAGAAAACGGCUGACCUAGCAUUGUACGGUGUACUGCUUCUGGAAUAAUGUAUUAUCUAUUAUAGGUCGCGAAAUUUUUAGCUGAGUUUUUAGACAUAAUAAUUAACGUCAGUGGAAUAUUGGUAGGACAGUGGCUUAAUAUGAUGUAGUGGCUGCCACGUUGAUAGAUUUUCCAUAAAUGUCCGAUCACUUCCGUUCUGUCGAUAUCUUCUUCUAUUGCCUAUCGUUUUUCUUACGCUAUUUCUUUAUACGCUGAAUGUCGUUUGUUCUUGUGAUUGAUUGUGAAGAUUAACCGGUCACUAGUGACGGGGUCAACCAGACGCAGGUUACGUGUAAUAGUGCUAUUGUAGAGAGAGAAGUAACAAUUGUAACGUAGUGAUAGUUUACAUUUAGUUUAACCGCCUAGGCGAUAGCGAAGAAGUCCCAUAGUUUUUACACAGGAUAACUACCCAAACCCACAGCAGCAGCGUUUCGCAACGUUUAAGCGGCAUUUGCGCUGCAAUCGGUGUCACACCACACACAGAGAACACACACACACACAGAUAAAACUGCAUACACAAAUUGGAAGACAUUUUUUUCGCGUUUACAUGCAACACCUUAGUGAUAUCUCUAUAAAUAAUGAUAGUGAUAGAGUGCGCCUCUCUUUUUGAACCACGCAAAACCCCCGAAAAGCGCACGUCGUAGUAGUGAAAUCGAGAGAUCGUAUUUAAACAGUGAGUAUCGACCGUUUUUUUUUUCGAAGCUGGAAAGUUUCACUGCGGAGCAACAGUCUUUGCUUACCCCUUAUAAGGAGACACUUAUUUGUAAAU